AUGAAGUUUUUUAAAUUGAAUUUUUUAUUUUAUAUUUUUUUUAUUUUAUUAUUGGUUGUUAAUAAUAUUCCACAAGUUAAUUGUAUAGUAAAGAAUUUUAUUUCUGUAAAUGGUCAAUGGGGCACAACAUCAAAUUGGGCUGAUGGAAUAAUUCCAACAAAUGCUGAUACUGUUUAUAUUAGUAAUUCAAAUAACCAAACUUGUUUUAGUUCCAAUGUUAAAAUUGUAUCCAAUCGUACCAUUGUCGGUGAUGGUAGUUUAAAAGGAAUAGUUUUACAAAUUGAUAAUUAUGGUUUCCAAUUUCAAAGAUUAAGUAUCCAACAAGGUGGAAGAGUAUUUUUAGGAAUUAAAGGUGACCCAACAACACUUGGUUCUUCAUAUGAUUCUGAUGUUGAGAUUAUUUUUAUUUAUGGUGAAUUGGAUAUUAAAGGAACUUUCAAAAAAUCAUCAAGUGCAAAAUAUAAAAAUACUACAAUUCAACUAUAUCAAGGUUCAGAAUUCAUUAUUGAUAAUAGCCAAUUUGAAAGUUAUUUAAUUAAUUCAAUUCAAACUUCAACAAUAUCAUUCCAAACUGGAACAAAAGCAACAAUGUAUGGUCUUAUUGCUGAUGCUGGAACUUUUGUUGGUGUUGGUAAUAGUAGUAUCAUCAUUAAAGAUAAUCCAGUUGGUAGAAGUACAUUCUUUAAUAGUUCAGCUCAACUUUCUGUUAGAAAUUCAUCAUUUGAAUGUCAUGAUAUUUCAAAUAUAGCUGGAGAUUCUGAAUUUUUCUUUUCUAAAAAAUCAAAUGUAUCAUUUAUAGAUGAUUCAAAUGAUUCAUUUAAUGAAAUUGGAUUAUAUGUUGAUAGUUCAUCAAUUUUUAUUCAAGAUCAUACAAAUUUUUAUUGUGAAAAAUUUAUUGGUAAUUUUGAUAGUUAUAUUCAAUUUGAGAAUGGUUCAGUUGGUUUUAUUAACAAUGAUUACUAUUUAAAUGGUGAAUCAAUUUUAGUAGUAAAACAAUCAACACUUACUCUAAACCAUACAUUAAAAGCAAGUGAUGAUUCUUGGGUUUAUGUUUUACAAGGAUCAGUUGUUAAUAUUAAGAAUAAUGUUUUAAUUAGCAAAAAUGGUUUGAUUAGUGGAUAUCAAUCUAAAUUUGAAAUCACUGGAAAGGAAUCAACUGAAAAAUUAUAUUUCCUAUUAGAAGAUCAAGGUCAAUUAUAUUUCUAUGAUCAAUCAACUGUAAUUUUAGAAUCAAAUUUACAAGCAGCAGGAAAUUCAGUUGUUGCUUUCAAUCAUACAUAUACUAAUUUCAAUUCAAAUAUAACCUUUUUUGAUACAUCAUCAUUAAUUGGUAGAAAUUUUAGUACUAUUGCAUUAGAUAAUAAUUUAGUUAUGGUAGAUAACUCAAGUAUGUAUUUGGAAAAUUCUGAUCUUACAAUUAGUGGUUCAAUUGUUUUCAAUGAUAAUGCAUUCCUUACAAUGAGACAAUCAUCAUGUAAAGUUAAUGGAUUUUUCUCUGAUUAUACUUCACCAAUUAAAAAAUAUUAUCUUGCAAUUAUAAAUUCACAAUUUAAUAUUGAUGGUUUUUUCUUUAGUUCUGGUAAUAUUUUAAUUUCAAGUUCAACAUUAGAAUGUAAUAAUGAAUUUAAAAUUGUUGGAGGUUUAAGAACUGAUAAUGGAUCACAUAUUAUUGUUUCAAAUGGUAAUUUUUCAAUUGAUGGUCGUAUUAGAAUUAAUGAUACUACAAUUGAAUUAAAGAAUGGUAUUUUAGAAUUUAGUGAAUCAUCAAAUUCAAUUCUUUUUAAUUCAACAAUUAUUUUAGAUAGAGGUGAUAUGAAAAUUAAAGUUGGAUCAACAUUAGAACUUUUAAAUACUAAAUUGAUAAAUAAAAAUGCCAAUAUGAAUAUCAAUGGUAAUAUUUAUAUUAAUACCAAUAGUAGUAUGACAAAUGGUGCCAACUUUAAAUUAAAUUCAAAUAUUCUUCCAUUGAAUAAUUCUGGUACUGAAGAGUUUGAUAAUCAAGGUUACUUUGAUAUUGUAAAGGGUGCAAAUGAAUCAAUUAUUAUGGUUCCAGUUAGAAAUAGUGGUACAAUUAAUGUUGGUAGAGAAACUACAAUUAUUUCAUUCACUUCAACCAAUGGUACUAUAAUUGUUAAUCCAAAUGCAACUCUUCAUUCAAAUAACACUUUUAUAAUUUCAAAUAGUAGUGUACAAGGUAGUGGUGUAAUUAAUUCAUCAAUUUCAUCAAAUGGUGGAUCAAGUUAUGGUAACGAUACAAUCACAAACUUGGAUAUUAAUGGUAAUUUAGAAUCAAAUGAAGAUGAAUUUAUAUUUACAUUGGAUGGUAAAAACUCUACAACUAUUAAUAUUGGUAAUAAUGCAACCAUUACAAAUGCUACUUUAAUCAUUAGAGUUAGUAAUGAUAUUGUAAAUUCAACCCAAAAUACAACAUUGGUAACAAGUUCAAAUUUGGAUGCAACCUUUUCAAAAAUUGUUUUUCAAUCAUAUGAUCCAGAAACUGGAAUUCAAAAACAAUUGGAUGAUUGUGCUCAUAAAAUUAAAAAUGAUAAAGGUACUCUUGGAUUAUUAUUAAAUUCAAAUGCUAAACAAUGUGUAAUAGUUUCCACUACAAGUAGUGGUACAGGUGGUGGCACAGGUGGUGGUACAGGUGGUAGUACAGGUGGUGGUACAAGUGGUAGUACAGGUGGAGGUACAGGUGGUACAGGUGGAGGUACAGGCCAAACUGUUGUGGUUGUUGAAGAAGAUCAAAAGAGCUCAUUAAGUGCUGGUGCAAUUGCUGGUAUUAUUGUAGGUAUCGUUUGUGUUGCUGGUAUUGUUGGUGUAAUUAUUCAUUUCAGAAAUAAAUUACCAUCUGCUCAAAGAUUAACUUUCAAAUUAAAGAAUCUUAGUGAUAAACCUUAA